UCUUGUUGUCAGAACUAGUAGAAAAAAAGAGAAGUGCUAUUUCGUCCGAGACGAGAGAAACUACGAGUUCAAUUGCUUUUUUGUGUUUGCUAACAAUUUGCCAGUGGCUUGUGCGCCACACAUUUAGAAAUUGCAAUUGUACAUCACUGAUGUGCUGCGGUGAAGGUGAAGAUCGAGUUGCAUAUUUUCGUUUGUUUCUCCUUCGCCCAUUAGCCAUCUCGCGCUUCCGUUGAUGGAACGUGUCUGGACGACGUGGAAUUGUACAUUCUGUGCCGCUGGUUACGUGUGACGGAGAGAUUACGAAGGCCAACAGUGAAUUGUUGUGUAGCGAAAUUUAUUUAGUUAUUUAUUAUUAGUAGUGCCUGGCGGUCGUGUAUUUCACAUUUCUUCAAAACGGUACGGCCAAAUUUGUUCUGUUGGCUAUCUGUUCGACGCGCCCAUAGCCUUGUGAAUGUGUAUAUGUUUGUGUGUGCGUGUGUGGGUAAGAGAGAGCAUUUCGUGAAAGGUCUCGUGCAUCGCUGUUUGGCGUAACCGUACAACAUUCCUGUUGCCGAUAAUAUCGGUCCGACUGUGCUUAGUGUGCUUUGCGAAGGAAAACCGGGAGGGCAGAAAAGCUAAACACCAAGAAAACCGUCAACCCCGCACCACGCACGACGCAUCAACUCGUCACUGCAGAGACAGCAACAUUCCAGUACAUAAAGCGACAUUAAAACCCACACAAAAUGGAUAAAUUUAUCAGCAUGUGGAAAGUGCGAGAACUCGCCGAUAAAGUAACGAACGUUGUGAUGAACUACACAGAAAUAGAGGGCAAGGUGCGGGAAGCAACAAACGAUGAACCGUGGGGUCCAACAGGACCAUUGAUGCAAGAACUCGCUCACGCUACCUUUACGUACGAGCACUUCCCGGAGGUAAUGUCAAUGCUGUGGAAACGAAUGCUGCAGGACAACAAAACUAACUGGCGUCGAACGUAUAAAAGCUUGCUGCUGCUGAACUAUCUCGUACGCAAUGGAUCGGAACGAGUCGUUACCUCGUCCCGAGAACACAUAUACGAUCUGCGUUCGCUAGAAAACUACACCUUCGUCGAUGAAAAUGGCAAGGAUCAAGGGAUUAAUGUACGGCACAAGGUGCGAGAGUUGAUAGACUUCAUUCAAGAUGACGAUCGAUUGCGAGAAGAGCGCAAGAAGGCUAAAAAAAACAAGGACAAGUACAUCGGGAUGAGCUCGGAAGCGAUGGGUAUGCGUUAUGGAGGCAGCAGCGGUGGUGCAGGCAGUGGUGGCGGUAUGGACUACGGUGGAUAUCGAGAUAGCUACGAUCGACGCAGUGAGGACCGAUAUAACGAAACGAGGGACCAUCACGAAUACGACUACCAGUAUGAAGGUGAACGAGAAGAUUCCGAUGACGAAUCGAACGGACCACACGAUCGUUCAAAUCGGUACCAGGAUCGAGAACCAUCAAAAAGCCCUGCCACGCGGCAGAACUCCAGUUUAUCCACUGGUUCCACGUCUGCUUUCGGAGGUGGUGGAGGUACUGGUGGUAGUGAACGGAAGAUAAAUCUGAACAUUAAACCUACCGGUAGUUCCUCCACUGGGAGUUCAUUGAGAAGCGCACAGAAAACGACAAAGAAAAUUGAUCUCGGGGCCGCUAGCGGGUUUGCUAAAACUGCAGCAACCGCAUCAGCCGCCUCGGCCUCGGCAACGCCGGUCGACCAGUUUGGCAUCAAUUCUCCAACACAUCGCAAUACGCAUGCCGAAGAAAUAGUAGGCACGGGUGGAAAGCAGCAAGACAUAAUAGAUGAUCUAUUUAAAACUUGUCCUACAAAAUCGGCUUCCACCACGGAUGCCCUGAUAGAUGAGGACGACUUCAACCCAAGAGCCACGGAAGACUUUGGAGAUUUUGAAUCGGCCUUUGGUGCUAGUACCGGCAAACCGGUAUUAACCACAACUACGAAGGGAGAUGAUUUUGCCGAUUUCGCAGCAUUCGGAAAAGAGCCCACGCAGCCUGCAGCGGCUGCACCUAGCACGGAAGCGAGCACCGAUCUACUGUUUGGUCUGAGUGUUGGGAACACUAGCACGGGAUCAUCAAACAAUGGUGGAGCACCGAUCGAUAUUCUUUCGGAUUUAAGUGGCCUUUCGCUCGGCUCCAACUCAAACGCAUCCAGCGCCAACGGCAAAUGCAUCGGGUCAACGCGUGAAAAACCGUCGCUUCUGCGUCGAUAUAAUGAACUGCUUGAAUGUAUUAGUAAAUUGCCCCGGCAAUCUGACCAAGGAGAAAGCCGUACUAUUAGUCGAGAUAUAGAGCGUGAAACAGUGAACGAAAAGCUGGCCCUAUUGCUCGAAUGCCUUCCAGGACCGGUACAAUUUACGGAUGCACUGUAUGGAUCGAAGGAGUGGGAACGUUUUGCUGCAGAGGCGUAUCCGAGUUUGUUGGAUGAGGUGAUCCCGUUGAUGGGACAUGUACAGCUACCCUUACUAUAUCGUCUCGUUACACUUGAUGCGAGUAUACAUUUCCCAUGUGAAAUGAUCAACGUGCUCACCAAGCAAUCUGUGCUGCAGAGUUCGUCGUGCGAGCUAGCAUUGAAGUUACUUGUUCGGCUGAUCGAGGAUGAUUCCGUCCUACCGGUAACAUUCAUUCAACUGUCAGUGGAACGUACCGAUGCUAACAUCAGUGAUUACAAUCGAUUUUUGCAACUGCUGUCCGCUAUCCCAAACAAGGUGGCGAAUGAUUUAAAGAGUAAAACUCCCGAUCGACUACUACCAUUGAUGUACAGUAGAAUAUUGCUUCGACAAUUUAUCCGCACUAUCGCUACAUUAAACGAUGCGAUAGUUUACUACGGAAAGGUAGAAGAGCUAACUGCUACGCCAUCGCUCAGGGGCGAUUUUUUAACCGCCCUUUUUAGCAAACUCAUAACCGAUUUCCACCAAGAACGUCGAUCCCCAGCAAUACAAGCUGCAUUGCAUCUCCUUGUCGAUGGAAUUUCCCGGUUGCCGAAUGUGGCCAACUUUAUUAGAACAAUACUUGCUGGAUUGACACCGACUGCUAUAGAAAUUAUCGCGCACAUGGCUCUUAAUAAACGCAUUGAUCUUUCCUCUGUCUUUGCACAAACCGUACCUGCCAGCUGGUCGUACGUUUUACUGCAAAAAAUUCCUCUGUACAAUUACUACACCAACAGUGAGACGAUCAUUUACGAGCUAAUCAACCUGGUCACUAAGUUACCGGUGGUAGAAAAUAAGGAUGGUGAGAAAGGACAAGACAAUGAAUCGCCUCUCCAACGAUUGAUUCAACAACUGUUAGUGGUUUGGUCCAGUCGGGCAGCCAUUCAACGGACAAGCUUUGAACAGCACCUCUACAUAACAAAAUUACUCCUCCUGGCGAUUGGCACAGAGAUUAAGAGUGGUUCAACCUGUUCGAGUUCGUCAGGCGAAACGUACCGGCGGAUGUUGUUCGAUGGGUUAAAGGCUCAUCUGGAGUCUCCAAUAAAGGAGGUUCGCUGUACCGGUAUGAUUACGGUUGAGGUCAUUAUGGGCAUGAUCGAUGACAAGCGCGACGAAUGCAAUACGUCGUCUACAAAUGAAAAUGCCGGAAACAAUCGUUUGCUGUUUGAUUAUGCAGGAUUCGAUACAAAUACUCUUGCGCUGAUAGAAAGUUUAAAGUCUAUCGUCGAAAAAGCGCCUGACUGCGAGAGUACGAAAUUCGAUCAAGUAAGGCAAGAAUACCUUAUUAACUUAGCCAUUAAUGAUUUGAUUGGCAAGAUUGAAGAGAAAAAGGACGAUACAUUGGCCCAGUCAAAUGAACAGAUAAUAACUCCAAAGCCAUCAGCCGAAACCAACGAUGUGAGGACCAAACCAUUAGCAGCAGCGGACAGUGACGAUGACGAACCGGAGGAUAUGCAGUCGCUUGAUUCCGAUGACGAUGAACUCCCCGUUUAUGAUAUGUCCAAUGAUACGAAGCUUGAACAAGAACGCUACCGGCCGAAGUAUUUGCUAGAUAUGCGGGAUGCUCUUCUCCAAACGGAUGCAAACCAAACUCCGGAACAGUUUGAGCUUGCGGUAGACGCUGCUCCCGAACUAAUCGCCCAACAGUUGGCCCACAAUGACGGAAAGCUAGCGAUCGAUCUGAUGCAAAUUUUCCUAUCAUUAGAAGAAAAAACCCAUAUGCCCACGUUCAGCGAGCGAAAGUUUAGCGCUAUGGUUGAAAUAUGCGUUGCGUUUCCCAAGGAAUGUGCUACAUUCCUCUGCGGAGAAUUCCACGCGGAGGUUAGCCGUUACGCUGUGAACUGUCGUAUAUUUAUGCUGGACAUUAUGACGGAGGUAGCCAAAGUGCUCUCUAACAAUCGCAAGACAGAUGAGCCUAGCAAACGUUCGGCAGAAGACAUCAAAUCGCUCGCACAAAGUCGCACGACCAAUGGUGUGGCGAGUACAAAAAAUCAACUCCAUCUGAUGUUUCGCGAUGAAGCGGAACAGCGAGCACGCCGGGCAGAGGCGGAGCGAAUAGUUCGAGAACGCAUCGAGCGCAAAACAAGACGCUCUCGGUCGGCCUUUACGAGAAGUCAGCGUGCAGAGGCGAAGGAAACAAUCAAUCGCUACAGUGAAGUGGCCGGAUGGUUUUUCUUUCCUCUGAUACGCGGAUUCGGAGGCAACAGGUUUGUCUUCACGGCGGGGCUCAAGUUUCCGUACGAUGUGGAAAAUCUGCUGCUCGUUAGCUUCCUACAAGCUCUGUCGGUGCUAAUGGUAUGCGCUGAAAACUGUCCCAUUGCGGGAAAGAUGGCCCGGGAGCUGUUUUCACUAGCGAGCUUGUUACGCUACAGCGAGGAACCGAAGGUGCGGCUGUCGGUGAUGCAACUGUUGGCGGCUAUCUUUCUAGCCAUUCGGUCGGAUCUAUUGCUGGCACAGUUUUACCCGGAGCUGCUGGAGCUGAAGGACUGGCUUGAGGAGUGCACUCAGGGCGAUGUAGUGCGCACGGGUGAAACGAAUGAAGAAUGUCGGCAGCUAGCACGCCACCUGUUGGCCAUGUGUUAUAGCGCGCUGAUUGAUGAAAGUGUAGAGUGUUGAGUGAAGGUGCAAAUGGAGAAAUGAACUUAAU